GAACGCGGAAGUGCGCAGGUAAUUUUCUUUUGAGAGAAACCCUCCUGCAGAUCAACUUUCUCUAGGCUACUUAAACUAUGAGACAUCGCCUAAACAUCAACAAAGCAAGGAUUAUUCAUACUUUAGUCUUGUUCUUACAUCUCCAGCAGUCGCGUUGUGAUGUUCAUUCUAUCAGUUGGAAUUUCCUUUGCUCUGAAGGCCUUGGCCUUCCCCAUUACUCAGAGAGUGGCACUGUGAAUGAUGUGACCCUAUUUUACUAUGACAGCAACAUGAAGUCGACAGCUCCAUGUCCCGAAUGGCUCAACACUACAGCUGGUCAGCAACUCUGGAAAGAUACCACUUUUAAAUCACACUACAACAUUGGAAUUAUGGCUUUAGCACUUCAAACAGCCAAAUCGCAGUUCAACCUCACAGGUUCACAUGCGGACAUUAACGUUUACCAAGCCUACAGUCGCUGUGACCUCUAUCCAGAUGGCACCACCAAGUCAUCGUUAACCCAUGCUUUCAAUGGGAAGGACUUUAUAAGUUUAGAUACGGACAGCAAGACGUUCAUCGCUUCUGUUCCUCAAGCCCUCAUAUAUAAAAGUAUUAGGGACAAGGAUAUAAUCUGGCUUGAAACCGUGGUGUCGUACUACAAAAAGACCUGUUUUGACCGCCUUAGGAUGUUCUUAGAGCUUGCUCCUGGUGUCAGAAAUAAGAAAGUUCCACAGGUCAGGCUUUUCGAGAGGCAGGGCGCUGGUUUCACACUCCUCACGUGUCAUGUGACUGGGUUUUACCCCAGAGCAGUGCAGGUGAAGUGGAUUGGGGCAGAUUUACAGCUGGUGGAUGACGAGAUGAAUCAUGUGCUGCCUAAUGGUGAUGGCACGUUUCAGACCAGAAGCAGUGUGAUCAGACCUGAGGAGAACACAGGAGAUCAGCGCUACAGCUGUGUAGUGCAUCACAGCAGCCUAGAGGGGAAUAUUACAGUCACCUGGGGUAAAGAAGAGAAACCCUUCAGACUUUAUGUUUGGAUUCCACUAGGCUGCGUUUUCAUCGUCACUGUAGUCGGGCUUGUAAUACGAGGCUUUCUGUUAUAAUAAAGGUCAAUUCAUUGUCGUCUCUUGAGAAGAUCGAGCUGUCUAUCAUCAGCCUCAAACUCCUACAGCCCCAUGUCUUCAGGUCUAGCUGUUUCUUCCUUGAUAUUUGCACAGGUCUCGUCUUCACUCAAGAAGAAUGAGAAUACUUCAGGUUCAGUCUGAGCCACAAAUAAGCUUUUUUAAAAAUCUAUUUGUUAGGGAUGCACCGAAAUGAAAAUUCUUGGCCGAAACCGAAUAUAAUGAAAAACUUGGCCGCAGGUAGAAAACCAAACAUGUUUUUUCCAUUUAUUUUUGCCAUUUUUUUCACCAUUGAAUAAAUGUAAUAGUCAAAAUGUUCUUUUUACUAUUUUGUCUUGCUUUUCAAAGAAAAAAUCAAUUACAAAAACUACAAUUUAAAAAUAUUUAUUUAACACUAAACAUUUUUUUUAAUUCCAGCAGGCAUAGGCUACCAAGAAGGCACAAUAUAACUUUAAAUAAAUAAAUUAGUUAAAUAAAAAUAUUUUGAUGUGGUCAUCUUUGAGCCCCCCUUGAAUAGCCGAUGUUAGGCCUGUAACUGACUGCUGAAAGAAUGUAACGGUCUGUAGCCUACAACUAAAAAGUGCAUUAAAAAUGCAUUGACGAGUGCAGAAAAUGGUUCUAUUCGGUUAUAUACGGCUCAGGUCCCUGUACACCUCGCGGAGUAUUAUAGUAGAUAUAGUAUAGUUAGAUACGUUAUUAAUGUUAUGUUCCUUGAUAGAUUUAAUAGUUUAAACUAUAGAUUAGUUCAUUUAGUCCCCACUGGUGUUUCCGCUCCCAGUUCAUAGUACUAGUUCAUGUUUCUUGUUUUGUGUUGUGACCCUGUUUUCUGUGAUCGCGACUUUGAUUCCUGCUUUCCUCCGUUUACGCCUGUUUAAUGCUCAGCUGAAACCUUUGCCUGUCUUGACUAGGUUUUUUUGGAUUACUAUUUGGAUUUGUCUGCCUGCCCUUAAAUAAAUACGUCUUUACCUGCUUCCGUACUCUACUCCCUUACGUCUCGUGACAUGACAGAAACAUGCUCCGGAGCAGAAUCAAAACAAAAGCAUGUUUCCAAAGUAAACAUCCGAAGAGCACGUAGCUCGUAGCUCUUGCAUGCGCGCGCCCCCUCAUCGAGGUCGUGAAAUCUGCGCGUCUCACUCUGGUUGCUAGGCUAUUUGGUCCCGUCAUCAAACACGUCAUUGUUCGGUCAAAUUUAUUCGGCCUUUUCACUUAUUUGGCCGAACACCGAAAGUGCUUUUUUUGCUAUUUUCGGCCGAAUAAUUUCAUUCGGUGCAUCCCUACUAUUUGUCACUUAACCCUUCACACUAACAUUAAUUCUCAGUUUAAUUAACAAAUUUUUUUUUCCAUUAUUACAUUUUGUUUUACAAUAGCAGGUGUUUUACCUUUUCAUUUUAAAGAGCUGUGUUUAACCACAAUCAGAAACACUCAUUAUACCACAGCCCAUGUGGUGAAAAUCCCUAUGACACUAGCUGCGUUUACAUGGACAACAAUAAUCCACUCUUAACCCGAUUAAGACCGUACUCUAAUUAAGAAACUACCAUGUAAACAGCAAUUUUUACUUACCUUAAUCUAAUUAAGGUCAUAAUCGAAGUAAGCAAUAAUCGAAUUAUGACAGGUGGAGUACUCCUGUUUUAGUCGCAUCAUGGACGUGUAUUACAGACGUGUAAACACCUUAAUCACAUUAUGAACGUCGUGUGAGUUUUCACCGCAUUUUACGGCAGGACAUGAUCACACACGGCAGUUUUACGGCGAACAAGAGAGUUCGGCUGUGUCCCAAACCGCAUACUUGCCUACUAUAGGCCUGUAGUGGGGAAAAAUACAUGUAUCUCGGAUACUAUAUAGACGGUAAGUAUGCAGUUUUGGACGCAGCCCACGGCUUCAAGCAGUCGUCUAUUAGCACGUACAGCAUGACAAAUAAUUAACUGCACUUGAAGCGUUCGUAAAAAAAAAUUCAUAAAAACACCUGAAAAUGUAUACGGUCCCAUAACGAAGACGAACUGUAUGUCGAUACGUGAAAUUCUGGAGGGACGUCGGACGGCAUGGCGCGAUGACGUAAUGACGCGGGCGGUUAAUCUAAUUAUGAUCAAUAACAUGCAAAACGGGAACAUGACAGGAGUAUUCUAAAGCGACUCAUGUAAACACCUUAUUCACAUUAUCUUAAUCAGAGUAAGGUCAAUAAUUAGAUUACUGCUGUCCAUGUAAACGUAGUCAUUGUUGACCAUUGAAGCCCCACCCACUGUUCACAGCUGUAGCUUGUUGUGACUCCAAUUAGCGGCCUUGGAGAAUAGCUGUUUUAGAAGAGCUGUUUAGUCUCUGUUCUUGCUUUACUGCUUAGGAAUUUUCACAUGGUGUUUUUAUAUAUAUAUAUAUAUAUAUAUAUAUAUAUAUAUAUAUAUAUAUAUAUAUAUAUAUAUAUAUAUAUAUAUAUAUAUAUAUAAUAUUAGUAUUUCAUUUUUUGUCACUAGUUUACACUUUUCCUGGCUGUUACUACUAUAACUGCUAUCUCCAUGUUUGGAUAAGCUAAUCUGCUGAAGACUAAGUCAUAGCAUGUUAUGUUCAUAUUUUUUUUCCAUUUUUAAAUUAUAUUGUUACUCUUUGGCACCUAUCUUCUGCACUACCUGUUAUAUCAGGCACUUCCACACUAGAACUGUGUACUGUUCGGCUGACUGUUUACUGACGUUAGUGAAUGAUUAUGUAUUGGUGAAUGAUUAUGUACUGGCAUUAGUGAAUGAUUAUGUACUGGUAUUGGUGAAUGAUUAUGUACUGACAUUGAUGAAUGAUUAUGUACUGACAUUGGUGAAUGAUUAUGUACUGACAUUGGUGAAUGAUUAUGUACUGGUAUUAGUGAAUGAUUAUGUACUGGUAUUGGUGAAUGAUUAUGUACUGACAUUGAUGAAUGAUUAUGUACUGACAUUGAUGAAUGAUUAUGCACUGGCAUUAGUGAAUGAUUAUGUACUGGUAUUAGUGAAUGAUUAUGUACUGGCAUUAGUGAAUGAUUAUGUAUUGUGGAAUGUUUAUGUACUGACAUUGGUGAAAUAAAACUAUAAAAUGGA